UUCACUCAAUCAGAUGCAGUUACUUUCAUUUUGAGAAAGACUGCUUAAAAUUAUUCUGUUUUUCUAAGGUAGAAUAACUCUAGUUUGAAGCUGCUUCUAAAGAGACUAAUAACAUUUUUACAUUUAAUUUGCAAAUUUGAAGAGAAGUUUUGGAAAAGAUGACACAAAGCCCCCUGAUACUUACCCAGACUGAUCACAGGAAUCAAGGAACCGAUGAAAAAAAACAAGGUCUUAAGAACAGCUAUAAGAAGAUUCUCAUAUGUAUUUUGCUUGCAAUAUCUUUCACUGUCAUUAAUAUUGUAAUUACUGGAAUAGGUUUAGUAUGUAAGAAUACUCAGGAUUCUUGCCCAGAUGAUUGGAUUGGUUUCCAAAAAAAAUGUUAUUAUUUCUCUAAAGAAGAACAAGAUUGGAAUUCAAGUAGACACAACUGUGUCACUCAACAUGCUGACCUAACUAUGAUUGACACUGAUGAGGAAAUGGGAUUUCUUAAGCGAUACAAAUGCACUUCUGAUCACUGGAUUGGGCUGGAGAUGACAGAAAAUCAAACAGGACGAUGGGUAAAAGGAACCAUAUUUAACAAACGGUUUCCUGUGAGAGGAAGUGAAAAAUGUGCUUACUUAGAUGAUAAUGGUGCAGCAACGGCUAGAUGCUACACAGAAAGAAAAUGGAUUUGUAGGCGGAAAAUGCAUUAACUGACAUGGAUACCUGAUUUUUGUCACCCUUUUUUUCUUUCCCUCUGUAUAAUUUAAUUUUCAACACUUCACUACUUUAAUGUUAGAACCUGAUAAUUCAUCUUGAUAAUUGUCAAAAUAACUUACUUUGACUUAUUUUUCUUCUUUUCAAGUUGCCUGGAUCUUUUUUCUUUUUCUAUAUCAAUUUUAGAAAAUGCCUGUAAUUAAUUUUAUAGGAUCUAUAGAUCCAAUUGGAGAGUGCUAUAUUUAAAAUAUUAUUUUUUAUUCAUUUAUAAUAUAUAUGUUGUAUUGUGUUUAUCAUCUUGUAUGAUUUACAGUUUUUCUAAUAAGUCAUGUUAUUUAUUAUAUGUGUCCCCAUUAAAUGUAUCUGAAAUUUAUGCUAUUCCAACUAUGUAAUUUUAUUAUUUUUUAAAAUAGUUACUUUUUUUUUUAGUUACUUUUUUAUAUGGAAAUGUAAUUGUUUACAUUAUUCUAGAGAACUACAAUCUGCUGAAACAGAGGACAGCAGUGUUUUGCAGAGCUAGGGUCGGGGGCGGCGAUCAUACACCAUAUGUGUCGGCCAGCUUUUGCGGGUCUUCAUAUCUGAUAGGAGAGAGUUUUAUAACUCUUGUUUUUUUUAAUUAGUUUCACAUUUUAAAGAAAAUGCUUCUAACAGUUGGUUCUUUCUCUUUUUUAAAGAUUUCUUUUAUUUGAGAGAUUUCAUUUAUUUAUUGAGAGAGAGCACAGCAGGAGAGAGGGAGGAGCAGCAGGCUCCCAACCAAGCAAGGAGCCUGACAGAGAGCUUUGGCUCUGUACCUGUAAUGUUUGCUUUACAACUUGGAUCUAGGUGCCCACUGAAGUUAGCCUCCUACCUUCCCACAGAAGCUAAGAAAUAGAGGUGCCACUUUUCUUGAUGGUUAGUUACAUAUCAAAAGAAUGACUCUCUGGUCCUUAAGAUAGGCACUUCUGGAUUGUAAAGCCUUUAAAAAGCUCUUUGAAAGAUUUACAUCUCAAAGAAGCAGACACAGAAUUUCCAAUCACAAAUUUCCUAACUUAAAUGGUCUAAAAAUGAGGAGUCAGGGCCUCAUAAGAUAGGAAGAACAAAGCUUGUCUAAAAUUUAACCAAGCUGAAGGGAAUGUUAAAGCCAUCUUUGUUAUUGUCCACAAAAUAUUAAUUAAUUACAAAGAGAAAGAGAAACUUUAUGUGAAGUCUGAUAGAUAUCACAUUAAGCAUGUGAACAAAGUCAAUGGCAUCAACAAUGGAACAAAUAAAUAUGUGUGCCUCCUGACGGGAUGCAAUAAGAACUUCUCACUGUUUUUGUCAAGGAGCAGUUGAAUAUGACAAUGAGAAAUAAUCAGGCAGAUUGAGAUUAAAGAGCAUUUUGCAGAAAAACUGGGUUGUAGUAUUCCGAAGUGUCAAGUUGUGAAUAACAAGGAAGGCUAAAGAACUCUUCCAAAGGGAAGGAGAUUAAAGAGACAUAAUAACUAAACGCAGAAGAUGAUUCUGAGCUGGAUCCUUUAGAGACAAUUGGCAAACCUUAAAUAGAGUCUGAGAACUAGAUGGUAGCACUGUGUUGAUGCUAGUUUAUUAAUUUUGAUCACUUAGUUGUGAUUAAGUGGAGGAAUUUUUGUAGAAAAUAUGCACAAAAGUAUCCAAUGAUACUUGAAAUUUUCAUAAUAAAAUGUAUCAAUCUGGCAAGUAAUUCUCAAGAGGUUCGGGAAGAAGGAAAGUGCUUUUGCUCUGUACCUGUAAUGUUAUACCUUUAUGAGAGUUUCUAAAUUUAGAUGAAAAUUGUAUAAAAUCUAAAGCAAACAAAAUAUAUAAUGCUUUUGAGUUACAAAUCCAGUUUUAAGGUUUAUAUCAAAGAAAAAAAGGUACUACUUUUUAAAAAGAUGUUCAGAGUGUUUAUUGCAGCAUAGUUUACAGCAGAAAAAACUUGAAAACAAAGUUAAUGCUUAUCAACAAACCAGUAAAAAUAUAUAUAUAAAUCCACACUAUAAUGCAACUCAGAAUUGUAUGUAAUUUGCAUAGGAUAUUGUUACAAAUUAAACAAGCACAAUACAGAAAAGCAGAUGUAAUUUGAUCACAUUUGUUGUAAAAUGAAAGCAAAUAAAAAUCCUGAGUAUGAA